AUGUCAAAAAUUGAAAUUCCAACUUUUCCGGAACAUUGGACCACAAAUGUGGUAGUGAAUUGGAUCAAUUCUAGGGAAGAGCCUAUUAAUAUUCUAUUAGAAGCAGUUGAAGCAGAAAUCGAAGAAGCGGAAAGUUUAUUGGUGAACAUAAGAAAUGAAUUUGAACGCACCAAAUGUGAUAAAAGCAAUUUGGAAGAAUGCGAUAGAUCUUGCACUGAACUUCAUGAAUGCCUAAAAAUGGUGGUGGAUGCGCAUGCCAAGGAGCAGUUUGCAAAUGAAUUUGAUGCCAUCGCAAUAUAUGAUAAAGCCGAUAGGCGCGCAGCAGAUCUUGUCAAAAUUUUGAUGGCUCGUAAGUUAUGGAAGGAAAAUGUUAUUAUUAUUGAAAAUUUGGACGUAAAUGAACCAGCACCGGAAAAUGUUGUUAUCAAUUUGCAAAAAGCAUACGAAUCUCUCUCUGAGUUUCUGAGUGUCCCCGAGCGAGCAGAUUUUCUGGAAAGAAUAAAAGAUGUCUUCCUGAGUUGGUAUUCGACGCGCAUUGUAUUAGCAAUACAAUCGGAAACACCAGUGGAUGAUCUUUUACCGGUUAAACAAAAAUAUGAAAUGUUACGAAGAAUACAAGAUUUUAAUAACGUUGUAAGGCACUACUUAGAAGGUGAGAAUAAAUUUACUUUUCAUGCGGCUAAUAAUUUAUCCGAUUUAUUCUUGGAUACUCGUGGUGUAAUUAUCUCAAGCUAUAAACGACUAAUGGAUGGAUGGGUAGAAAAGGUUCUCGAUACUCCAGAUGUUUUUUUAUCGAACACAUUUGAAGAAGUUAUCCUAAUGCGGGAAAAUGAAAUUAAGGAUGCAUGUAUAGGUACAAUUGGAAAGACUUUAGAAGAUGAUGUGUCUGGCUCACAAACACUGAAAAUGAUUUUAGAAUUCAGAUCGGUAAUGUCGCAGUACGUGUUACGUCCUGAUGAUGACAAAUCCAUAGCAAAAUGUAUUACGCAGUUUGGUGAACUUCUUCUGUUCUCUACAACCAGUGAAUACACGAAGCUGGCAACAUCAUUCCUGGCCAACUGUUCGAAUAUUUCACUAGAUUCCACACUUACAUUUGCAUGCUUGGAGCAACUUUCUAGCAGAUUAUCAGAACUUAUCCUGGAAAGUAAUUAUUUAAUACAAAUAGCCAAAGAAACAUUUGGGAAUAUUGCAAUUAUUUUUUUGACUCCUGCAUUUCGGACAAUGUAUGAAAAUGUGGUGUCGAUGUUGGAUAAAUUCUAUAAAAUGCAUAUGAAUAAGAAUACUGUUAAGGACGAGGAUGUUUUGCGCAUGGUGAGCAUAUCAGGACAGCUUUUGACAUGGAUCGAUAACGAUAAGCAACAACUGAAAGAUAUGUUCGAACAUUUAGGAGUCGUUGAUACAGAUCCUACUAUUGGCAGAUUGUCAGUGAAAUUAUUCAGCGAGAUUUCAAAUUUUCAAAGCAAAUUGUCGGCUAAAGGAGAAUGUGAUAUUAACUUAGCAAAGGCACGUGCAGAAGUUCGGAAAAUGAACAAACGAUUUAUUGCGCGUACUGUUGAAGUGCUUUCACGUACCCUCAUUGCGGAUAUGGAAAGUGGAUUAGGAAAUCUUAUAUCGGAUAAAAAUUCUGAGAAUAUCAAAGUACAGGAAAGCACAAAAGUACCAUCGUUUGGGACCUCACCUAACGAAUUUGUGACAGCAGCUGGUGUGGCACUCCUUUCCUUGGCUCAUCAAUUGUCUGCCUAUUCACAGGACAGCAAUAUGGCAUCAGCUAUUAUGUUUGCUACAAAAUUAGAAACUGUAGACGAUAUUCCAUCAUGGUGGGUUGGUAAAUGUGCAGUUGCUGUUCAAGAAUGUUUUGUUGAUACAGUUGGUGAUAUUGCGGAAUAUUCGAGUUGUUUGUGCCGACAACUUUCAGUUGAUUAUACUUAUUUGGCUGAUGUGUUCGAGGACUUAGGAACGACGAAAAUACCGGAUUUCGUUAAUAUGCGACAGAUGUUCCUUAAUGUUGGAUGCCUUGAAUCAUAG